UGAGUGGGUGUAGGGAGGGGGUAGAGAGAGAGAGAGGAGGAAAUUUUUUUUUCCGAUCGUCACAAAAUAAAAGACAAUAGCAUGAUAGUACCAGGAGGAACAUGGGUGAGAAGCACGAAUUGCGUCUUAAAAGCCCAGCGGGCGCCGAACCCGCCGUUUAUCCUUGGCCGUUACCAGUCUAUGACAAACACCACGAUGCUGCUCAUGAAAUUAUUGAAACCAUUCGGUGGGUUUGUGAGGAGGUCCCGGAUCUUAAACUUGCAAUGGAAAAUUAUGUGUUAGUGGACUAUGAUACCAAAUGCUUUGAAAGUAUGCAGAAGUUAUGUGAAAAGUACAACAGAGCAAUGGAUAGCAUUCAGCAAUUGUGGAAAGGGACUACACAACCAAUGAAACUGAACACUCGGCCUUGCAAUGGCCUGCUUCGACAUAUUCUGCAACAGGUCUACAACCACUCGGUGACUGAUCCAGAGAAACUUAACAAUUAUGAACCCUUUUCCCCUGAGGUUUAUGGAGAAACAUCCUUUGAUUUAGUUGCUCAGAUGAUUGAUGAAAUCAAAAUGAUGGAAGAUGAUACAUUUGUUGAUUUAGGAAGUGGAGUAGGUCAAGUAGUGUUGCAGGUUGCUGCAGCUACGCAUUGCAGGCACUAUUAUGGUGUAGAAAAGGCAGAGAUCCCAGCAAAAUACGCAGAGUCAAUGGAUAACGAAUUCAGAAAAUGGAUGCGGUGGUAUGGGAAGAAGUAUGGCGAGUACACACUGGAAAGAGGGGACUUUUUGUCAGAAGAAUGGAGAGAUAAAAUUGCUAAUACAAGUGUUGUGUUUGUGAAUAAUUUUGCCUUUGGUCCUGAGGUGGAUCACCAGCUGAAAGAACGAUUUGCAAACAUGAAGGAAGGUGGCAAAAUUGUCUCUUCCAAACCCUUUGCUCCAUUGAACUUCAGAAUAAACAGUCGAAAUUUGAGUGACAUUGGCACUAUCAUGAAAGUUGUGGAGUUAUCACCACUGCGUGGCUCAGUUUCAUGGACUGGUAAACCAGUCUCCUACUAUCUGCAUACAAUUGAUCGAACCAUACUUGAAAACUACUUUUCUAGUCUCAAAAAUCCAAAACUCAGGGAAGAACAAGAGGCAGCUAGGCGCCGACAACAAAAGGAAAACAAAGAAAAUAAGAGUAGUACAACAACACCAACCAAGCAGGAUUCUGGUGCUGAAGAGGAGAAAAAUGUGGGGCCAGGAAUGAAGAAAUCGUCCUCGCCUGCUAAGCCACGCAAGAGCAAGAUAAUAAAUAAAGGAAAAAGAAUCGCAGUUCGCAAACGAGGGCGCCCCAAGAAAAUGAACACUGCUAUUUCCAAAAGGAAUGCAAAGAAAAGUCAAUCUGCACUGGAUCUUCUGCAUGCUCAGACUGUGUCUCACGCGUCCUCCCCUCAGGAUGUGUACAAGUCACCUCAUAGUCCAUUUUACCAACUACCUCCCAAAGUGCAACGCUAUUCACCCAAUCAGUUCUUACUGGGUUCUACACCACCUGCACUACAGAAGCUGCUAGAGUCUUUCAGGUUACAGUAUCUGCAGUUCAUGGGAUAUAUGAAGACACCUCAGUACAAGACAAACUUGCAGCAGUUAUUGGACCAGGAAAAGUUAAAGAACAUGCAAUUAACAGGGACAGCACAACAGCUGUUUAGAAAUUGUCAGGCACAGAAGGAAGAAGUCCGUCAUCUUUUUCAGCAAAAACUUGAAGAGUUGGGUAUAAAGGCAAUGACAUUCAAUGAUUUAGUCCAAGCACAGAAAGAGAUUGUUGCUCAUAACAGGCAGCUAAAAGAACAGACAAAGCAGCUGGAGAAGGAUAAUGGUGACCUCAGGAAACAAAGUUUACAGCUGCUGAAAGCACGAUGUGAAGAGCUAAACCUGGAUUGGUCUUCCCUAUCUCUGGAAAACCUGCUGAAGGAGAAACAAGCCUUGAAGAGUCAGAUCUCAGAAAAAGAAAGACACUUUUUAGAACUUCAGAUAAGUAUUGUGGAGUUGGAGAAGAGUCAGCGUCAGCAAGAGUUGAUGCAGCUCAAGUCAUAUAUACCAUCGGAUGAGCUACCUGUUCAGCUGCGCAACAAAAACAAGAUGAACUAUGACAUGGAGGCAGAAAGAAACCGAUUCCAUCUUGAAAUUGAAUGCCCUAAAAUCCCAAUGGCAAGUAUGAAUGGUCUGAGCCCUGAACUCUCUAUUAACGGAAGUGCAACACCUUUUGAACUUCAAAGUUCUUUAAACCGGCCUCCUUCGAAAUCACAGAAUGUGUACAGCGCUGUGUUACCAGACCAGGACAGUGGGCUGUGCAUUCCAAACGUAAUGAAUAAACUCACAGCAGACAGACUCCAGAAUCACUCUCUUCCUGACUAUACCCGAUUCUCUCCAGCUAAAAUAGCACUUCGUCGACACUUGAAUCAGGAUCAUACUGGAGGGGGCAAACUGGCACACGAAGUCCAAUUGGCCUAUGCCCAGAGGGUUGAAAAUCUAAAAGAAAAUGGCCUUCCAGUACUAAGUCCAGGAAUUCCAAAUGGUAUUAAGCAUUGUUCAGUUGAGCAACAGCAACCAUCUUCUCCAACAACCCAGCAGAUGGCCUGUGAGAAAAGUGUAGAGAAGCUUUCUAAAGACUCCAGCAAAAGUCCAGUUAAUAAUUCUGAAACCAUAACCAGCCUACCAAUCAGUAUUCCACUUAGCACAGUUCAACCAAACAAAUUGCCUGUCAGCAUUCCUCUGGCCAGUGUAGUUUUGCCGAACCGUGCUGAAAAAGUGAGAAGCACACCUAGUCCUGUCCAAGUUUCAAAUCGCGAUUUAUUGAUGUUUGACAAACAAUAUGGUGCUAAUUAUGGUAAUGCUGCUGGAAACAAGCCACAGGCUUUGGCUACCUCAGGUUUUUAUUUAGCUGGCUCUGUGGCAGUCAAUGGGGUCCAUUCCGGUUCUCCCACCCAGUCAGCUUUCAAUAGUCAUGAUAAGAUGUUGGAAAGUUCUGAGUCGCCCAAUGCAAGUAUCUUUGUCAACACUUGUGCGUCCCAUGGCACGAACCCACAGCAUCAAAUGGUGCACCUGAUGCAAUCUCGGAGUUCUGAACAAAACUCCCCAGCCACACAGCAUUCAGGCAGCCCGAGAAUGUCUAGCUCCUACAAUCCAGCAUCCAACACACAGAGCACUGGUGGGGUUUUACAGUAUGCAGACAUGCAAAAGACCUUCUCGGAAGCGAUGAGAAAAGAUUUGCCAUUGGACCACGGACUCGCCGAUCAGGAGAAUGAUUUGAAACGAAGGAUAAUAUUUUCAACUGCAAGUAGCGGAAGUAUGAAGCAGCUUCCUUCAAAUAAACCGAGUUCUGUGCCGACAGCCGUCAAGUUGGAAUCUGGUCAGGCAAUGUCUCAAGAAGGAAAGAAGAGAGGCAGAAGAAAACGUUCUUCCAUGUCAUCCAAUAUAUCCAGUUUAAAUGCAGGUAGCUCUCCUAAACGCAAAUCCCUGCUUGCUGCAUUGGGGCUUUCAUCGGGAUCCCCUCUAAAUAUAAACUCCAUGGUUAAUAACAUUAAUCAACCCUUGGAAAUAACGGCGAUUUCGUCGCCCGAGACGUCGGUGAAGAGUUCUCCUGUCCCUUACCAGGAAAAUGAAGGACCCCCAAAUCUGAAAAAGGAAAAGUUGUCUGCACCCAAUGGCGUUCACUAUUCACCACUUACAUCAGACGAUGAACGAGAGGAAGAAACUGAACGGAUUAAUGGAAGGAUUGAAAGACACCCAACAACUCAAAAUCAGUGCACUGUUUCAAUAGAAAGUAAAGAAAUUCUAACUGGCUGUGGGGAAGGUGACCAGGGGUCUCUUCCUGGUCAGCUGACCACAGGAUUGCAGUACCCCAUGGGACCCACAUCAUUGCAGGGCAAUUCAAGUUCGACGAUGGGGCCAUCAGUAUUGCAGUCUUUCUUCGGAUCAACGCAAGUCACUGCAAACAUGGUUCAUGUCACAGCUGCUGGAGCUGGCUUGACUAAUUCUUGCACUGUUGGUAGUUUCUCCACUGCUGGUAUUGCUGGUGGGACUGCGGGAGGUAUUUUUAACCAUGCGGUGCCUUCAGCCUCUUCUCAUCAGUUUGGAGCCAAUUUCAGCAGUGUUCCAGUAUCUAGUAGCACAAUGUUAAGCUUUAACCCACUACAGACUGUUCCUGCCACUUCCCAUUCUUUUCUUUCUGUCUCUACCAGUUCAUUAUCUUCCACCGAGAGCAGGGCAGCCCCCUAUCUCACCCGAGCUCCUACUCAGUCUAUUCUAAAUGCAACGCCUCCCAAUAUUUCCCUGCCACCGCCUCCUCCGCUGCUUAAUUCAAACAGUCCUGAUCCUUCUCUCUUCCGGAAUAUGCCCUCUGUUAGUGAAGGUUAUCUCCCUCCAUCUAUCUCUUGCUCCUCUUCCACUGCUUCGCUUCAAUCUGCUAACACUGCAUUAGCCAUAAAGCUUUCAUCUUUGCAGCCCAAAACCUCUCGCCCUUCUUUCACAGUGCAUCACCCACCUUUGCCACGUACAGCGCUUGCUCAGUCGGCACCUCUCGUCCCUCAGCCCAAUACAAGUACAUCUGCAAUGUGGGUCACACUAGGCAUACAGCCUCCUUAUGCUACACAUUUCUCUGGUGUUAAGCCUCGAUAAGAACUUGCGUACUUUGUCAGUUUUAUAAGGUAAUUAGAAAUUCUACCUCAAAACGAUGCGACCUUCUAUGCAAGGACAAUGUGGACCAACUACAUCCACUUCCAUCAAACAAAAAGGUGCUUGAGCGGCCUGCAAACAUUUUUUUUGUUGCUUCUUUCCUAUUGGAAAAUAAAAAGCAAAUACAUUCUACUGUGAAUUGGUUUUAAUAUCGUUGCAAAAUAAUUGGCUCCUGUUUUAUAUAAAAAAAAAACAAUUUUUAGAAACUAUUUAUCUUUUUUUUUUCUCUCUCUCUCUCUCUUUCCCCCGACUGAUUUGGGGCUGAUUUUAAUCUUUGUUCCAAUAAGCCAGUAGAGGCUUUAAAAGUGUGAAGUACAGCUGACACCAGCAUUGAUUUGUUAGCCUGCUGUUGGUGCUAUUAUACCCAUCACAAAGUGUGCCUCUGUGGGUUCUGAUCCCUGGUGCUUAUUAUUCUGGGAGGCUGAGAACUAAAUUGUCAAGCUGAGAGACGUGAGAUUCUCAGCAACAGGUUUUAUCGCCUUGUAAUAUUUUGCAUCGCUCGGUAAUAUUUUGGUACUUGAUGCAAAUGUUUCAGCCUUCGAGUUUAUUCUUUACAAGUAUGAUCCUGCAUUCUAUUCCAUCUUAAAUGUGUCUGGUGUUUUUUGUACGUUCUGUGGUCAGUCAUCAAUAACAGAAGAUAUGCUGUCAUCCCUGUCAUUUUUGUUCCUCAAUAAUUUAAAGGUGUUUAUAAGCAAAUGUAAUUUUGCAGUUUUGAACCAUAUAAUCUAAUACCAUUAGGUGAAAGUUCAAUAUGCGUUUGAAUUAUUGUCGUGUAAUUUUAAUGUUAAGCAAUAGUACGUUUGUUUUGGGAUUUUUUUUAAAAAACAGUAGUUAUUAGGAUAGUAGUGUAAAUGUUACUAUUUUCUACACGUUUUGUUCAGAAAUAUGUAUUAGUUAACCCAAGCAAAGUGUGUAAAGGAAGGCUUGCACUGAAAUUUUAAAGAUGCAGUUGGGAUUUGAAAAACUGCAGGUCAUUUUAAAAGAAAGAUGAAUUUUAAAUAUUUCAUUUUCCACAAAGCUUUGUACAUUCAAGGUGGGACAUUUUACAAACUAAUUCAGUUUUUAUUAAACUUAAUAAAAAAAAGUACCUCACAUUUUUAAUAUCCUUGCAGCAGCUAAAAAGUUUGAUUGAAGAAUAAUUCAACAACAGAGACGUGCUUGAAACUAAAUGUUCUAUCAAGUUAUUUAAGAAAACAAAACUAGUUUUUUCUGAUGUUUUUGAAGUAAAAGAAAAAAAUAAAUGCAGUAAAUGUUUUUAAUGUAUUUGUUCAGUAACCGAACUGCAGUGAAGACCAAUGCCAAGCAUUUUUGUAAGCAAAAUGAAAUGGUCACAAUAUACAACUAAGAGUUGACUUGUAGUUUAGCAAAGAGUUCUGAUGGCAGGCUGAUAUAUACUGAAUGUGUCUGUAAUUGCAAGGCAGCAUGCAAGAAUCUUAUGUAUUUUAACACAAAAAAUAUCCAGCGUGUUGUCAGUUAGGUUCUACAUUCAAUUGGGAGAGAGAGCUUCUAAACCCUGGGUUCUGCUUGCUGACUGAGUAUUUUGAAAUCACAGUGCUCGCCCUCUCCCGUACCUGAGGGAAAUGCUAAAAGAAAAAAAGAGAGAAAAUAUAAGUGUGUACUUUUGGGAAUGUCAAAAA